UGCGCGGAAGCCAGUGCCCGGUAGUGUCAUGGUGAACUGCAUCAGGUUGAAUUCUGUGCUUAGGGCUACCUGCCGGGCCCUGAGCACCACGGCGGGGAAGAAGCAGCGGCCUCUGGCGGCGGAGACUGCAGAUCAGCAUCAUGUCACGAGAAACAACUUCUCGGAUGUGCAGAGCGUGCGGCACGAACAGGCCAGGCAUUCGGUGCUGAUCGGCUGCCCGGCCAGAAUCAACGAGAACAAGUUUCUGAAGUAUCUGUCCCAGUACGGAGAGGUGGCCAGUCACUUCUUCUUUGACAGUAAUUGCACUCAUGCCGUUGUGGAGUUUGUGGAUCUGCAAAGCGUAGAAUCGCUCCUGUCUGGAACGAAAAUACCAAACGAUGAGGAUUUAUUUGUAGUACCAUAUAAAUCGAGAUUUAUCCGAGUCAAGACUACAGAAGUGGGGCAGCAAUUCCCCAAAUGCUGGCCACAGUCCUCUAUCCCCAUGAACAAUUUAUUUCAGAAAUUAUGUGCCGCCGAGAACAUAGAAGACCAGGCACAGAUGCUCCUAGAUGAGCUCCAGCUAACAGAGGAAAGCAUCAGGAUCCGCUACUUGGUCAGCUCUUUGAUAAGUGACAUUGCCACCGCCUACUUCCCAGAAGCGACUGUACAUCUCUACGGGUCCAGUGUCAAUUCUUUUGGCAAAAUGGGCUGUGAUUUGGACUUGUUCUUAAAUCUGGAGGAUAUAAAAGGAUAUAAAACUGGAAAGACUCCGAGCUCUUACUCUGCAGAGUUUUGGAUGAGACGGGUUUCCUCGGGGAGAACGGCACAACAGAAGAUCUUGUCCGUCAUCGGUGAAUGUAUAGACAGUUUUGGUCCUGGAUGUAAUGAAGUACAAAAAAUUCUAAACGCACGCUGUCCUCUAGUACGGUUUAGCCACCAGUCCUCAGGACUCCAGUGUGACCUUACGGCUGACAAUAAAAUUGCACUCAGGAGCUCUGAGCUUUUGUACAUAUACGGUAACCUGGACCACAGAGUGCGAGCUCUGGUGUUUGCGUUGAGAUGCUGGGCUCGUGUCCAUGGGAUCACUAGCUGCAUUCCUGGACAGUGGAUCACAAAUUUCUCCCUCACCAUGAUGGUCUUAUUCUUCUUACAGAAGAGAAACCCUCCUGUUAUUCCAACACUUGAUCACCUGAAAAGUCUUGCAGGUAAAAAAGAAAAAAUGAUCAUUGAUGGCAACGACUGCACAUUUGUGGGAGAUAUUAACAAAAUUAAACAAUCUGCAAGCACAGAGUCACUUGAUACACUUCUUGUUGAAUUCUUGGAAUUUUAUGGAAAGUUUGACUUCAGAACCAACUGCAUAGAUAUUCGUAAGGGCAUAGAAAAGAACAAACCAGAAGCCGCUGCUCUGUACAUUCAGAAUCCAUUCGAACAGACUCUGAACAUAAGUAAAAAUGUCAACCAGUCUCAGCUACAAAAGUUUGUGAACAUCGCUCAGGAGAGCGCCUUUAUCUUACAAGACCAGGCAAGAAGGUCUUCAAAGAAUGAAAAACCCUGGGGCUUGGCUUCAAUAUUACAAACUACAAGCGCUGACAAAGGAGCCACCACUAAGAGGAAGAAGAAGGUGUCCGCCAGUGAAAGGAUCGGUAGUCUCUUGGACUCUUUAACGGACAGUGGUAAUACAGGAAAAACAGAAGCAGAGCAUUGAGCGUGGUUUUUGGGUGCAUUGGAGAAUGCCAAGCUCUGGACCAGAACUUAUACCAGACUGCAGGGUCCGGUCACUGAAUGACCACUUGGAGUAAUGUCCAUUUUAUAGCCAUCAAGUGCUCUUUGACUGUUUUAGUUAUUUAAAAUCAAUUUUUUUUAUGUGAAUCUGAGGUGUAAAAUACAGGCGUCUCCAGUCUAUGCUAUGUGUAUAAUGGGAAGCCCGUGGACGGUGAUUUAUACAAGAGCACUGAUAUAGAAGACCAUUGGCCCUGCCAUGAACUUGGUACAAAGUGUAAGAUACUGUAGAGUGUAUGAGAGUAUGUAACUAACAGGGAGUAUUCAAAGGUUGACCGUUUAUUAAAAUGAUUAUUCCUUA